AUGGCCAAAAAAAAUAGACUAAACACUUCUCAAAGAAAGUCUCUACGUCAAAAGGAAGACGAAUACAUUGAAAAUUUGAAGACUAAAAUCGAUGAAUAUGACCCUAAGAUAACUACCGCCAAAUUUUUUAAAGACCUACCUAUUAGUGAGCCCACUUUAAAAGGUUUGAGAGAAUCAUCCUUUAUGAAACUUACCGAAAUCCAAGCAGAUUCCAUUCCAGUAUCUUUACAAGGUCACGAUAUACUAGCAGCCGCAAAGACAGGUUCUGGUAAGACGCUAGCUUUCUUAAUUCCAGUCAUCGAAAGACUAUAUCGCGAGAAAUGGACUGAAUUCGACGGUUUGGGUGCACUCAUUAUCUCUCCUACCAGAGAGUUAGCUAUGCAAAUAUACGAAGUUUUGACCAAAAUUGGUAGUCAUACUUCAUUUUCAGCUGGUUUAGUUAUUGGUGGUAAAGACGUCAAAUUUGAACUAGAAAGAAUAUCCAGAAUCAACAUUCUUAUUGGUACACCCGGUCGUAUCUUACAACAUUUGGAUCAAGCCGUAGGUUUGAACACCUCCAAUUUACAAAUGCUUGUCCUUGACGAGGCUGAUAGAUGUUUGGAUAUGGGAUUCAAAAAAACCCUAGAUGCUAUCGUAAGCAAUUUGUCCCCAUCUAGGCAAACUCUUUUAUUUUCUGCAACUCAGUCUCAGUCCGUUGCAGAUUUGGCUAGGCUAUCCUUGACGGACUAUAAAACUGUUGGGACAAGUGACGUUAUGGACGGAUCAGAUAACGCAGGACCAUCCACUCCAGAAACUUUACAGCAGUCCUACAUCGAGGUGCCCUUGGCAGAUAAACUGGAUACUCUUUUCAGUUUCAUCAAAUCGCAUCUGAAAAGCAAAAUGAUUGUUUUCUUAUCAAGUUCCAAACAAGUGCAUUUUGUUUAUGAAACAUUUAGAAAAAUGCAGCCAGGUAUCUCUUUGAUGCAUUUACACGGUAGACAAAAACAACGUGCGAGAACAGAAACUUUAGAUAAAUUUAACCGUGCUCAACAGGUCUGUCUUUUUGCUACAGAUGUCGUCGCCAGAGGUAUCGAUUUUCCUGCGGUUGAAUGGGUUGUCCAAAAUGAUUGCCCAGAAGAUGUAGACACAUACAUCCAUAGAGUUGGUAGAUGUGCCCGUUAUGGUAAAAAGGGUAAAUCGUUAAUUAUGUUGACUCCACAAGAACAAGAAGCGUUCCUAAAAAGAUUACAAGCCAGGAAGAUUGAGCCCAGUAGACUAAACAUAAAACAAUCGAAGAAGAAAUCUAUCAAGCCGCAAUUACAAUCAUUGUUAUUUAAGGACCCAGAACUGAAAUAUCUGGGACAAAAGGCAUUUAUUUCAUACGUGAGAUCCAUCUAUGUACAAAAAGAUAAAGAAGUUUUCAAAUUCGAUGACUUGCCAACAGAGGAGUUUGCCUAUUCGCUUGGUUUACCGGGUGCUCCAAAGAUCAAAAUGAAGGGUAUGAAGACCAUUGAACAAGCAAAAGAAAGAAAGAAUGCUCCCAGACAGCUUGCAUUUUUAUCAAAGGCAAACGACGAUGGUGACGUAAUAGAAGAUAAAUCUAAACAGCCAAGAACAAAAUACGAUAAAAUGUUUGAACGUAAAAAUCAAACCAUUCUAAGUGAACAUUAUCUAAAUAUAACGAAGGCCCAAGCACAAGAGGAUGAGGACGAUGAUUUUAUCUCCGUCAAGCGUACAAAUCAUGAAAUAAAUGAAGCUGAACUGCCAGCCCUUACUCUUCCCUCUUCAAGGAGAGCCCAAAAGAAAGCGCUUUCUAAAAAGGCAUCCAUAUCUUCCAAAGGUAACGCUAGUAAAGUGGUAUUUGAUGAUGACGGUGAAGCUCAUCCAGUUUACGAACUAGAAGGCGAAGAGGAAUUUCACAAGAAGGGUGAUGCAGAAAUCCAAAAGACAGAAUACUUGAGUAAAGAAUCUGCAGUAAUGGCUGAUAUCGAUGGUAUCGAUAAACAAGUGGCUAAGGAAAAGAAACAAGAAAAGAAAAGAAAGAGGUUGGAAGCUAUAAGAAGAGAGAUGGAGGCCACAAUGGAAGAGGAACAUUCUGGAGAUGAAGGCGAAGGGGCAUCAGUAGCAUACUUAGGAACAGGUAACUUAAGUGAUGACAUGCACGAUGAUGAUAUGUCUGAAUCAGAAGGCCAUUUGAAGAAGAAAGCUAGAACUGUUGAUUACUCACACGGUAAGAAACAAUCUAAUUCGGCCGAUGAUAUUAUUGAAGUGGAAGAACCACAAACUUUGGAAGAUUUAGAAUCUUUGACAGCUAAGUUGAUUCAAGGUUAA